CAAAGUGGCUCCAGUUUUUGGGAGGAGUGGCCAUGAUGAUUCUGCUUAGCAGAAGAGACGAAGUAGUUAAAAAUUAUUACCAGCGAGGGGCAGGGACCCAAGGAUGUGUCUAUAUAAGACCGUGCCUUCAGCGCAGAGCCUCUGCUACUGCCGCAAGAGUCCGCACCAGGUCGCAGGAGCCCAGCCCUUCAGUGACAGGAGCCAGGGACAGAAGCAAAGGGCAACAGACUGGUCCACUCUGGGGCUCCUGCUUCACAUCUGAAACAGGCACAGGACCCCCUAACUUCAGUCCCCUGUCCUCAAACUCACACCCGCGGGGUUGCAGGCCCUAGCCCAACACACCCGCGCGCGGCACAAGCACGCCUGAAGGCAGGUCCCACACCAGGGCUAUGCGAGCAGGAGCCCAGGCGACUGGCCUUGGGCGGAGGGAAUAGGACCCAGCGGGAGGCAAAGAGGUUGCAGGGUUAGAGUCCUGGGCGGAGGACACCUUAGCUGCGAGACACCUGCUGCUGCCGCCUCGCCAGGAAGAUGCGCGUGGUCUCCCUGCUGCUGGGCGCAGCACUGCUCUGCGGCCACGGAGCCUUCUGCCGCCGGGUCGUCAGCGGCCAAAAGGUGUGUUUUGCUGAUGUGAAGCAUCCCUGCUACAAAAUGGCCUACUUCCAUGAAUUGUCCAGCCGAGUGAGCUUUCAGGAGGCUCGCCUGGCUUGUGAGAGUGAGGGAGGGGUCCUCCUCAGUCUUGAGAAUGAAGCAGAACAGAAGUUAAUAGAGAGCAUGUUGCAAAACUUGACAAAACCUGGAACAGGAAUUUCCGAUGGUGAUUUCUGGAUAGGGCUGUGGAGAAAUGGAGAUGGCCAAACUUCUGGUGCCUGCCCAGAUCUUUACCAGUGGUCUGAUGGAAGCAGUUCCCAGUACCGGAACUGGUAUACUGAUGAACCUUCCUGUGGAAGUGAAAAGUGUGUUGUGAUGUAUCAUCAACCAACUGCCAAUCCAGGCCUUGGGGGUCCCUACCUUUACCAGUGGAAUGAUGACAGGUGCAACAUGAAGCACAAUUAUGUCUGCAAGUAUGAACCAGAGAUUAGUCCAACUGACCCUGUGGAGAAGCCUUAUCUAACAAAUCAACCAGGAGACACUCAUGAAAAUGUGGUUGUUACUGAAGCAGGCAUACUUCCUAAUCUAAUUUAUGUCAUUAUACCAACAAUACCACUGCUCUUACUGAUACUGGUUGCUUUUGGAACCUGCUGUUUCCAGAUGAUACAUAGAAGGAAAGCAAGGAGACACUUCAUCAAAGACUCAACUCCAUUAUCAUCUGAGUGCCUUGCAGAAAGUUUAAAUUCCACUCUGUAAAGGAAGAACAAAAACGAGUCCAAACCAGUCGACACUGUGGAUUUCAAAGAGCACCAGAAAGGAAAGUGGCAUGGAAGUAUAAUAAUUCAUUGACUUGGCUCCAGAAAAGAAAAUAAUCUUAUAAUUCUGGAUCCGUGUAAGGAAUGACAUCAGAACAUUAGCUUGGAAUGGCUUGAUAUCUCAAAGGAUCUGCAAAAUGAACUGUAAGCUCCCCCUUGAGGCAAAUAUCAAAAUACUUUUUAUAUGGUUAUUAUUUCAUUUACAAAAAUGUGCUGUACUAAUAAUGGAGUGAGACUUGCUUAUUUUGCUAAAGGAUGCACCCAAACUUAAAGAAAAUGAAACGGACCAUGCAGAUAAAACUACUGUUAGCACAUCAGGAGUAUAUGUGUUGAAAGCAGUUAUUUUUAUUUCUUUCACCUUUCAUAAGUUGUAAUUUAGUUAAUAUAAUAUAAAUUGUAUUGAAAUUUGGAGUCUGCAAAAGCAUUUUACCCUUGCAUAAGCAUUUGAUAAAAGUGGCCUCUUCUAAUAUUUAUUUUUAUGACAUUCCAUUUUUCAAUACAUGGUGUUUUGAUUGAAGAAAUGUAUCACUGUUUUCAACUGAAUUCACACACACACAAAUAUAUUACCAUAAAAAUUUCUUUUCUGGAAAUUAUUCAUCUUUUUUCAGUUUCUGUGCUUUUGGUUGGACAAUGUUUAGGAAAUCUAUUCAGAAAUAAGAAGCUGUUUCAUUAACUGUGGUGUAAUUUCCAGAAAUAUUUUCCUUAGAGGCAAGAACUGUCUAAUUUCAAUUGUUCAAGACAUGUGCCUUACAAUUAUUUUUAGUUUAAAAUUCAACAGAUUUUGUAAUUAAAUAACUUUACUAAUAGCUGUAUAGUCAUAACGCAGUAAAUAUUGAACAAAAAUGAGGCAUAGACAAUAUUACUCAUAUGUCUUCACAUGUUGCCUAUAUAACUAACUACAACUAGCUCUCUGAGGGUUCUAGAAUCAACAUGGUCCCUCCUUUACCACUUAAAUGAUGAUAAUUGUUUGGGGUUGGAGUUGACAUUGGAGGCAGAGAGUUUCAGAGUUUGUGUAAGGUUUUUCUCACUGAGUUUAGCCUCUAUUAGUACAUAAAAAGGUCUUAUAAUUGGGACCAAGUGAAUGGUUGCCACCAGAGUGGAGCUAAGCACAGUACACCAACAUUUCAGGAUGGGAAAAAUAAACAUCCCAGAUUAGAUGAAUUAGUGUGGCAUGUGUUGGAGGUCAUCAGUGAUUUAAUAUUCAUUGAUGAGAAUUUGUUCCUGUUAGUAAACAAUGGCUCCUUGCUGUCUAUCGUCUCCUAGUUUUCAAUGCUUGUGACUUGUUCUCUCAAGUUGUUACUAUUUGGUCUUCAAAUGUCCCUGAGCUCCUUUUAACCAAAUAAAGAGUUCUUGUUUCUGAAG